AUGGAGAAAGAAGAUGAGGUUUACAGUGAAACUCACACUUUCCAGGAAAUGCUGAACAAAGUCAAGAGACAACCGUAUAUGACAUUUGUUGGAGUCCCUGGGUCCGGAAAAUCAGCAACAAUCCAUCACAUAGCCCUGCUACUCCAGGAAGAAGGAUACGAAGUUGUACCUAUUAUAGACAUUAGGAAGAUUGAAGAUUAUUCUGACUCUCGUCAUCCACAGGUUUUUGUCAUUGAUGAUGUGGUAGGUGUAUUAGGUCUUCAAAAACAAAAGUUAGAGGCUUUAGUUGACUAUGAAAAAAUAAUUUCAGAUCAUUCCAAUAAAAGAACAAAAGUAUUGAUGACCUGUCGGGAAGCAGUGUUUAAUGAAUGUUACAAAUCAUUUUUCAUUAAUGAGGAAAGCACAAUCAAAAUGUGUAGUUCAGAAAAUACAUUGAAUGAUGACGACAAAAAAGCAAUUCUUCAGAAGUACGGCUUGGAUAAAGAUUUAUUGUCCCCUACAUUACUGAGGAAAACAUCGGCGAUGUUUCCUCUUUUGUGUAAACUCUACUCAAAUGGGGCCAAUUUUAGGAAAAACAUUGAAAGUUUCUUUACUUGUCCAACUGAAUGCAUUUUAAAAGAGUUUGACAAAAUGCAGGAACAGAAUAGAUUACAGUAUGCUACGUUGGUCUUAUGCAUGUUAAAUGAUAGUAAAUUAUCAAAAAAAAUAUUAAAAGGCACAGAAAAUAAGGUUUUCUACGAAAUGAAACGAAAAGCAUUAGAAGACUGUGAAGUUGAGAGUUACACAGAAUCAUAUAAAUUUGAUAAAGCAUUGUCAGUAAUGCAGGGGACAUACACAAAACUCUGUGGUUCUGAAUAUACCUUUAUUCAUGACUCCAUGUUUGAAAUCAUUGCUUAUCAUUUUGGUUCUAAAUUCCCAAAUAUCAUUUUACAAUUUAUGAGUAGUAGUUACAUUGCUAACUAUGUAAAGCUUCAAAAAUAUGAAAUGCUUGAAUUAGAGAAUGAACAUAAAAUGCCUAAGGUAUGUCAGGCUUUUAUUGAGGUGUUAGAGACAAAGUCCUACACAGAGUUGAAAUCUUUAUUUCUGACAGAUCAGAAAGAGAUGUCUAAGGUAGUGAGUAAAGGAGAUCAUGUGAGGGAGGAGAUUAAAGGGGGGGAUGAAGGAUAA